GGCCGCGCGCCGGGAAGCUCACGGGGCGGGCGGGCGGGCGCCGCACCCCGGCUUGGCCGCCUGCGCCCCGGGGAGGCCCCCUGCGCGCGACGGGACCAGCAGCAUGAGCAGCGGCUACAGCAGCCUCGAGGAGGACGCGGAGGACUUUUUCUUCACCGCCAGGACCUCCUUCUUCAGGAGAGCGGCCCCGGGCAAGUCCCGUUCGGGUCAGCCGGAUGUGGAGAAAGAGAAGGAAACUCACAAUUACCUCAGCAAAGAGGAAAUCAAAGAGAAAGUUCAUAAGUACAAUUCAGCCGUCACAGACAAGCUGAAGAUGACCUUAAAUUCAAAUGGGAUUUACACUGGCUUCAUCAAGGUGCAGAUGGAACUCUGCAAACCCACACAGACCCCUCCCAACCCUGGGAGAGCCCCGCCCAGUAGCAGCGGCUGCAUGAACACGCUGCACAUUAGCAGCACGAACACCGUGGGAGAAGUGAUCGAGGCCCUGCUCAGGAAGUUCCUGGUGACCGAGAGCCCCACCAAGUUUGCACUCUAUAAGCGUUGUCACAGGGAAGACCAAGUGUAUGCCUGCAAGCUCUCUGACCGGGAGCACCCACUCUACCUGCGUUUGGUGGCGGGGCCCAGGACCGACACGCUUAGCUUCGUUCUCCGAGAGCACGAAAUUGGCGAGUGGGAGGCCUUCAGCCUACCGGAGCUGCAGAACUUCCUGCGCAUCUUGGACAAGGAGGAAGAUGAGCAGCUGCAGAGCCUGAAGCGGCGUUACUCAGCCUACAGGCAGAAGCUGGAGGAAGCGCUGGGCGAGGUGUGGAAGCCCGGCUAAGGCGGAGGGGCGCUUCCUGCCAGGAAGGCACAGCUCGGGACUCAGGAAAGAGCGGCGCUGCCUCCCUCGGAGACCCACCAUGCCGGGUCCUCCUCUCUCCUCUCUAGACACAGUUCUCAAAGCCUGCUCACGCAGCAUCCUGCGGCGCACGGAUAGGCACAGGCACCCUGCAAGCUCGUUCUGUUAGGGCUCGGCGAUGUUACCUCUUGCAAGCUGUGAGCCUUCCCGGAGUGCUUGGGAGCAUGAACUCCGGGUGGAUGUCCCCUGUUCUCUUCUAGUUACUGUAAUUGUGAUUUUGUAAAGCUUUAGGAUGUGUGGAUGAGUUUUAAAGCUUUAACAAGCAAUCUCUUAAGUGCUUGCCCUAUGGUGAAACUUAGCUGCUUGUUUUUGUUCUCUGUUAGAGCAGUCCUCGUGAACUGAAAGAAACGGGAUUUUAGGAACUCUGGGGGAUCGGGGGAAGAGUGUGAAGAGUUUUGACAAGACAGUGAAGGGCAUGUUGGGAAGGUAGAGGGAAGGCGAGAGCCCGGGGUUUUUGGGAAGGUAGCGAAUGUGGCUUCUAAGGUAGUGCUAGAGGAGAAAGGUGUAUUUGUUUGUAAAGGAGUUAAAAGUGUUCAGGGUUGGCGGUAAGCCCGUUUUAAGAUGGCUUGAUUUGCUAGUAGUAAAAUGUGGGGUCAGAGCCAAAGGGCUAAGCCCAAAGGAGGGAUCCACGAGCUGCAGCCAAGAUGGUCCUGAGGGAGGCCUGCUCUUGCUGCGGCCGGAGGUAACCUGUGCCUCCCUCCGUCCCGACUCCGCCGCUGUGGAGUCGAUGGUCGCGGGCGUAGCUUUCCGUGUGAGGGUGGGACCUGACCAUUUGCUGGUUAAUGUAGUCCCCCACCCCACCCCCACCCCCGAGGUUGGUCUCAGAGUUAAAAAGGAGUUUGGGUAAGGGCAGCUGUUUUUCCCCUCAGCUGUUAGCUAGAAGAGGUGUCAAGUCCAGGGCUCACAGCAAACUUUGUGACAAUCACUCUUCCCUUUUAGUCCACCCUUCCUUGUCCCUGACCUCCCUCCCCAAAGUUGUUCUUAUGAAGUAGAGGACAGGGAUGUUGGUUAAAGGCCCAGUCCUACCACAUCCUCGCCUCUAAGAGACUUGACUAAAGGCCCCAAGGAAGGAAGGUCCACACCCAGCUGACCGCGCCACAGGCGUUCAGUACGCAACUAUUUUGACAGAAGUGUGCAUGUUCCUUCCGACCAAAGACACGCAUGUGCAAUAGAAGCCUUCCUGAAGACUGGCACAAUCGCCUGGUCUCCUGCAGCAGCCUGCAGAUCCGAGAGAGGGAACGCUGUGCUGUGCUUCCGGAGGGGCCUGGCAGUCGGGCUGUUUCUAGUCUAGAUAGGUUUUGUUGUUUAUAAAUUCCCAAGGAAUUGUUAACACGGCGACACCGAUGGAUUCUUUUGGAAAUUCCAAGGUGCUCCCGCUCUUUGCCUUUCUAUGAACCGUGCCUUCGAUCGAGUGUCUCCCCCUUCGAGGUGGCGUCCUGACUCGUCCCCGUGGGGGGGGGGGGGAGAGGCAGCUCCAGGUGUGGGUUAUGCCACUCAAGCUCCCGAGACAAUCGGAUCUUCUAAGCUAUUAGGAAGAGUUGGGGGGGGGGGAAGCCAGCUAUAAAACAUGAAUGGCACAUGUUUAAUUUUGCAUGCAGUUUCCUUUUAGUGCAUCCAUGAGGGUUAGCGACAUUGUCAUCCAACACGUUGCCUGUUGUUCAGGGAAGGCCUCUGGCUUUUGUGCUGUUUUCUUACUGUUCAGACUGUGGCUCGGGUUUGUGUACGCUGUCAUCAGCCACCUGGUCUUCUAAUUACUCCUCCCAGUAAGCUCACCGUUUGUGAAGCGGGAGCUUCUCAGAUUAAGACACUGUUAUAACCUGAAAGUAGUAGCUGAUGGGUAUCUGUGAAAUUUUUCUUUUUUUUUUUUACUUGAAGUAGAUUGUAUGAGGCAGGCGCCCUCCUCUGUACUCAUCCAAACCUCGCUGGCUGUCAUGCGCACUACACAUUGUCACUCACAAACUUAACUGUAUUGAAGAUCUACCAGUCCGUGGUUCCUCAAGACUCGUGCUGUCCCCCAAACACUGGUUACUACGGCAGCGUUUUUUAAAGCCUAAAAGAAGAAAAAGAGACCCAGAGGCCAAAGUUUUUUGUUCUUUAAACCGUUGUUCAAAUCCUCCUGUAAAAUGAAACGAGGCCUUGCUGUAAAACUGUUUUCUCUUCAAAAUGUGAUGGUACAAGAACGGUGUGAAAUGAAGGGUGGAGCUGCAGGAGAGCAUUUUAAAUCUAGAAGUUAAAAGCUAUAUUUAUAAUGUUGAUGAGUUUAAGUUUUAUUUUUAUAGGGAAGAUUUUUUUCUCCCCUGAAAUUGUGUCUGGGAUGGCAAAAUUGUUUCUAUUAAACAUUGAAGUUGUUAGUUCA